GGACUGAAAGCUUGAUCAACUCUAAAUGCGUCAAGUACAAUGGGGAACCUAGCGGAAAAAUCGAGAGCCGAAGGUUUAGUAGAACCCUAGCUGCCAACACGAAUCAUCGACGGUGAAAUUAUUCAAGACCAAGAAUUCCCUAAUGGCGAUUUCAAUCAAGCGUGCAGCCAUAUCCUUUCGCAGCAUGUAUCCCUUAUUCCGAACAACUCGCCGGAUUUCUCACUUCCCUGCCUCUCCAUACUUCCUCAAAACUGCCAGUGAUCCGCGUCCGGCUCUUCCUAAUUCGCCGCCCAUCGAUUUUUUCUUCGAAUCUCGUAGAUGCUUCGCUAAAGCACGGAAGAAAUGGGAUGAUGAUGACAACGGUGAACUUGAUGUUUCUAAUGGUGAUGCUGCGAGCAGAAUUGAGAUUGUGAAUAUUGGGCCCAUUAUUAAGUCAGCCGCUGUCUCUGAGAUGGAGGCAGCAAUUGAUGCAGUAUCAAACGAGCUGGCCAAAUUGCGAACUGGAAGGGCAUCAUCAGGAAUGCUCGACCAUAUCAUAGUGGAAACUGGGGGUGUGAAGAUGCCCUUGAACCGGAUGGCCGUUGUUUCAGUUUUAGACCCGAAAACCUUGUCAGUAACUCCAUAUAAUCCAAAUGCCUUGAAAGAACUAGAGAAAGCUAUUGUUUCAUCACCAUUGGGUUUGAAUCCCAAGCCUGAUGGCGAACGGUUGAUUGCAUCUAUUCCUCCCAUGACCAAAGAGCAUAUGCAGGCUGUGUGCAAAGUGGUAGCAAAGUCUUCUGAAGAUGCCAAGCAAAGAAUUAGAAGAGCCCGGCAAAAGGCUUUGGACACGAUUAAGAAAUCGGUGCCCAAAAAAUCAGAAGGGAAGGAUAAAGGGAAGAGCAAAGCUAAAGUGGUUUCAGGGUUCUCAGCAGAUGAUGCAAAAAGAUUGGAAAAAGAAGUUGAGGAGUUGACGAAAAAGUUUAGCAAGUCGGCAGAAGAUAUAUGCAAAGCGAAGGAAAAGGAAAUCACUUCAAGCUGACAUAAAUGAAUCCUGAUUGUGGAUAUGUAUCAUGAUAACAUUAUUGGAUUAGGAUGUCUGAAAGAGCCUUCCUUUUUUCUUCUUCUUAGAUAAACGUUAAUGGUGUUUUCAUUUUAUAAAGCAUGGGUAUGGUGAAUGGUGAUGCGCUUCAUAUAAUCCAUUGGCAUGUAUUAUGUUUCUGUUUGUGUUUGUGUUUGUGUUCAUGAUUUGAGGUGAUAUUUUGAGUUUUAUGUACUGAUAUUAGUUGAUUGGAUU